AUGAUGACCAUGAACGGCAAGCAGCAUUUCUCUAUGCACCCGGUGCUGCAGGAGCCCAAAUACUCUGGCCUGCACGCGAGUUCGGAAGGCAUGCGCAGGGUGUGUCUGCCUGCCCCGCAGCUUCAGGGCAAUAUAUUCGGUUGCUUUGAUGAGAGUCCACUGGCACGCGCGGAAGCUCUAGCGGCUGCUGACAUUGUCUCUCACGGCAAGAGUCACCCUUUCAAGCCUGACGUGACUUACCAUACCAUGAGUAGUGUCCCCUGCACCCCCAACUCCUCUACGGUGCCCAUCACCCACUCCACCACCCUGACCCCUCACCACCACCACCACCACCUCAACCAGAGCUUGGAGGGGGAUCUCCUGGAUCACAUCUCGUCCAGUCUCUCUGUGAGCGGGAUGGGGGCUCCGGAUUCCUCUAUGAUGGCCACUCAAGCCCACCAGCACCACCUCCAGACCAUGGGUCACCUUCACCAAGCUAUGGGCAUUGGUCAUCCGCACUCCUUGUCUGUGCACAACGGAAUGUCGUGUGUCAACGACGUGGAGUCGGAUCCUAGGGAGCUGGAAGCCUUCGCUGAGCGGUUCAAACAACGGAGGAUAAAGCUCGGGGUGACCCAGGCGGACGUUGGCUCAGCUCUCGCCAACCUGAAGAUACCUGGGGUGGGCUCUCUCAGCCAGAGCACUAUCUGCAGGUUCGAGUCCCUCACCCUCUCUCACAAUAAUAUGAUUGCGCUAAAACCUGUCCUCCAAGCCUGGCUCGAGGAGGCUGAGGCUGCUUACCGGGAGAAAAACAGCAAGCCAGACCUUUUCAAUGGCAACGAACGCAAACGAAAACGCACGUCGAUAGCCGCACCUGAGAAACGAUCUUUGGAGGCAUAUUUUGCUAUCCAGCCCCGUCCCUCUUCGGAAAAAAUUGCUGCAAUUGCUGAAAAACUGGACCUUAAAAAGAACGUGGUUCGUGUGUGGUUUUGCAACCAACGGCAAAAACAGAAAAGGAUGAAAUAUUCUGCUGUGCAUUAA